GCUCUCCUAGUUAGAGAGGCCCGGAUGGAGGACGCAGAGGCACGCUGUUGCCAUGGCAGUGUCGUCCUGGCUGCCGCGGAGGCAGGUGCCGGGGUCUCCUUUGCCUCAGUGUGAAGAGCUUAGAAAGAGGAGGAGAGGAGAACUCCCCCGGCCAUCUCUGUGAUCCCAGCCGCCGCAUUUUACACAGGCAGGAGGGAUAUAGAGGGAGAGAAGGGAAGGACGAUGCGGAGAUGUUAAUGGUGGGAUAGAGGGUAAAGGUAUAAACGUCUGGUAUAGCUGGGAGAGAAGGUAGGUAGUGAGGGAAGAAGCUUUCUGGUGCUGCCUUAUCCUCUGGAGUCCGAGGUCCACCGAGUCUGGCACUGGUGGGGAAGUCUGGUAACACCUUGCUUCACUGUGUAUGAAGGAUACUCGUCUGAGGGUAGCUUAGACUAAGUUUUUGUCAUAUUCUUUCCCCUCUCAAAGUUCUUGAACGUGGAAAGUAAUAAUUUUGUCCCUGGGAGAAAAAGUCACUCCCGAAAUUGUAGCUUCCAUGAGGAGGCAAUGGUAUUCAUUUCGUUGGUGGUACCUUGGGAUCCUGAAUACAGAUUAAAAUUAUCACCUAAAGUCCAUAAAAUAUUUAUCAUCAUACUUUGUGACAGUUUAUGAUUUUUUAAAAACUUACUUAUAGGAUCACAGUCUUGGCAGGAUACACAGGAAUAAUGGGCCAGAUGGUUUCAUGAUGUAUGGAUUAGUUUUUGCUUAAGUACUUACUUUAUAUUAAAAGGCAUUCUCUUUGACAUGCUUUCAGUUCUUAGAUUUUUAAGCAAGCAUAUGUUUAAAACGCUGUAAGAUGGGACUCAAUUAUUUGAACUAUUUUUUGAAUAUCCUGAAUUCUGGAAGAAAGUUAUCAAAAUUAUGUAUACAUAUGGACUUGGUUUAAGACUCCUACUGAAACAUCGGCAGUUCACCUAUCCACAUGGGAUUUACCAGACACUCAGGGAGGAAGGAAUUUAUUUACGUCUCUUACUACAGUUCUGUAUUAAGAGGGUAGAGCUGGUCUAAGCCACUUACCUAGAUUUUUACUGAUGAUAAAUGUUGAAAUUUAAAUGUGUGAAACUCACAAGCAUAAAGUAGGAAGUGUUAAGUGAUUUUGUUUGUAUAAGAUGUAUUUUUGUUCUAGCUUGUUGAUUCUGUACCAUAUGGACAGUACCCUGGAGAUGAAGAUUAAAAGAAUUGAAGGGGUUGAAUAUCCUGUGACGCAUUUGAAAAAGGCUUAAGGGAUUUGAUAACCAGAGUUUGUAAUUUAUGUUCUUUGUUUACUUGAGAACCAGCCAUGAGGGUUUUUUUUUGUUUUGAAGUUUCAAGAAAAGAAUUGCACUUCAGAUUUGACGCGACUUAAUUUACUUUUCAGAGCUACCUUAACUAUGGCUUUUUUUCCUUUGAAUUAUGGCAUAAUAGUAUGACUUAAAGACCCCUAACCUGUUAAAUUUUUAAUUACUGUGCUUUUAUUAUACAGAUUUUAUGUUUUCAUUUUAAAUUUUAGUUUUCAUGUGUGUGGGAUUCUCUGUAAACAAUAAAACAUCUACUAAAGUCUUCAGGCAACCAUUUAUUUAUAAGUUCAGAACUAUGUUUAUCAUAAAAUAAGGGAAAGCACUGAAGAGUUCCAAAGAAAUAUUCUUAUAAUAUUUAUGUAACUCAAACAUCUUAAAAUAAUAAAUUUCAAGAUCCCUGCUCUGAAAAGAAAACUGAUUAUUCCAAGGCAUUGUGACUGUGAAAAGUACUAUUUUUACUCAUAUUUCCUUCACAAACAGAAAAUGAAUGAAAAUAAAGAUACUGAUUCAAAGAAAAGUGAAGAAUACGAAGAUGACUUUGAAAAGGAUCUGGAGUGGUUAAUUAAUGAAAAUGAAAAAAGUGAUGCCAGCAUAAUAGAGAUGGCUUGUGAGAAGGAAGAGAAUAUUAACCGAGACUUAAAAGAGAAUGAGACAGGAAUGGAGCACACCAAACGACAUUCUGAUCCUGACAAAUCUUUGCAGGAUGAGGUUUCACCAAGAAGAAAUGACAUCAUUUCUGUACCAGGUAUUCAACCUUUGGAUCCCAUAUCAGAUUCAGAUAGUGAAAACUCUUUCCAGGAAUCCAAACUAGAAAGCCAGAAAGACUUGGAGGAGGAAGAGGACGAGGAAGUAAGGAGAUAUAUUAUGGAGAAAAUUGUACAAGCUAACAAGCUUCUACAGAAUCAAGAACCGGUGAAUGAUAAAAGGGAGCGAAAACUUAAGUUCAAGGACAAGUUAGUUGAUUUGGAAGUUCCUCCACUAGAAGACACUACUACUUCUAAAAAUUAUUUUGAAAACGAAAGGAAUAUGUUUGGGAAACUGUCACAAUUAUGUAUUUCCAAUGAUUUUGGACAAGAAAAUGUGCUCCUGUCACUUACUAAUGGAAGCUGUGAAGAAAACAAGGAUAGGACAAUACUGGUAGAGAGAGAUGGAAAAUUUGAACUUCUGAAUUUACAAGACAUUGCCAGUCAGGGGUUUUUGCCUCCCAUUAAUAAUGCAAAUAGUACAGAAAAUGACCCCCAGCAGUUGUUACCCAGAUCUUCCAACUCCUCUGUCAGUGGCACCAAGAAAGAAGAUUCUACAGCAAAGAUUCAUGCUGUCACUCACUCAUCAACAGGAGAGCCGCUGGCUUAUAUCCCUCAGCCACCACUCAACCGCAAGACUUGUCCAAGCUCUGCUGUCAACUCAGAUCGAAGUAAAGGGAAUGGGAAAUCUAAUCACAGGACACAGUCUGCACAUAUCUCACCAGUGACUUCAACAUACUGUCUUUCCCCACGACAGAAAGAACUACAAAAACAACUAGAACAAAAGAGAGAAAAACUGAAAAGAGAGGAAGAGCGACGAAAAAUAGAAGAAGAGAAAGAAAAAAAGAGAGAGAAUGACAUAGUAUUUAAAGCGUGGUUGCAAAAGAAAAGAGAGCAGGUCUUAGAAAUGAGGAGAAUUCAGCGAGCAAAGGAAAUUGAAGACAUGAACAGUAGACAGGAAAACAGAGAUCCACAACAAGCUUUUCGAUUAUGGCUUAAAAAAAAGCACGAAGAGCAGAUCAAAGAAAGACAGACAGAAGAACUAAGAAAGCAAGAGGAAUGUUUAUUCUUCCUUAAAGGAACAGAAGGCCGGGAAAGGGCCUUUAAACAAUGGUUAAGAAGGAAACGGAUAGAAAAAAUGGCAGAGCAACAAGCUGUCAGAGAGAGAACUAGACAGCUCCGACUAGAAGCUAAGCGUUCUAAACAGUUACAGCACCACCUAUAUAUGUCAGAAGCCAAACCUUUUCGUUUUACUGAUCAUUAUAACUGAAAGUUUCUAUUAAAUAUUUCAGUGGGAAUAUUUCAGUGGGCAGCUGCUAUCAAAAUUUUGGAUAUAAUUUCUUAUGGUCUGUGUACUUUGGUUAUAUUCUAAAUUAUGGAAAUGGUAUUUAUCUUUUAUUGACAGUGAAUUUUUUUUUUAAUACUAGAACAAAAUAAAUUUUUUUCUCACAGUGUUGUAA